CGUGUCCGGUACAUUUGAAAAGGCCGGAUGGGGACUACCAUCGAUGGAUAUAGAGCAUCUGUGGACGGUGUAAAGUGGUUCGCGUAUUUCUUCUUGGAGGGUCAAGUGUACCCUAAGCUGAAACGAUUUGUUCCGUCGUUGCUGACGACACCUGGGAGCAUCACCAAGUCAUGGGCCAGGUUGAUACCACGCACUCAAGCAAUAGUACAAACGUUGCAGUCGCAAGGAGUCGUGUCCAAAUAUAAACUGCUAGAAAUCUGGGGUUUGGAUGAAAAAUGUGAGAUUUUAAUUUAUAAAAUAAUAUUUAGAUAUUAUCAUCGAGUAGACUUCUAUACAAUACUAGACCGCUGACAGGCAUCUCGACCGUGAUGCUUGCCGCCAUGUUGAUUUUAGUCAAGAUAUGCUAUACUACAGAUUCUAUACAAGUAGUUUUAUACAAGAUUUCUAUACAAUAGUCUGGCAUAUACAGAAUGUCUAAAAGAAAGGGUUUAAUACUACAGGAGUAGUGGUUCAAUUUCGGAAUUCAAGUAGCUACACGUUGAAGGCAUGACUUACAAACUUAUUGAUAACAUGUACCAAUAUUUAACACAAAAACAUUCGCCUGCUUCGUUAUGUACUGUAAUAACAAAUGCAGAUAAACGCACAUCAUGAGCAACUGAACACCCGAUAGUGACUUAUUGUUAAUUCAAUAUGGCCGCACCCUUCACUAACACUUGCACCUCGCACUCGCAUCAGCUUUUCGGCAGUGCGUCCAUAGAUGUUAAUGGUCUAGU